AUGGCUGAAGAUGAUCAUGUUACCACUCCCGAGGCUGUCGAGCCUGUGAGCACGUCGACUGCCGAGAAGCCCACCGAGAAGGAGAACGUGACUGUAACUGAGAACGAGACUGCGACUGUCCCCGCCACUGAGGAGAAGACUGAAACUUCCGCCGCUACAGACGAGAAAAAAGAAACCGAAUCUGAUGCAGAUAAGGCUUCUAGCUCCGACAAUGCGCCUGAUUCCAAAGGCGAGGAUGAGAGCACAGCUGCUGCGAUUGCUGAGCCUGAGGCAAACGGGACUCCCGCAGUGAAGAAAUCCAACAACCGACGCCAAUCGUCUGGCGCCAAUAAGCUGAACCGCAAGAAGUCCCAGACUCGUAUCGUUCUCGACGCUAAGCCUGGUGACUACUACUUGGCGCGUCUGCGCAGCUAUGCGCCGUGGCCCGCCAUCGUUUGCGAUGAUGAAAUGCUCCCAGAGCCCAUUCUGGAAAACCGCCCCGUGACUGCAAAGCAGAGCGACGGCACAUACCGCGCCGACUACGCAGAUGAUGGAAAGCGUGCGCAUGAGCGCACAUUCCCGGUCAUGUUCUUUGGAACCAACGAGUUCGCAUGGAUCCCGAACACCCAAUUGACUCCACUCGACCCGGCUGACUGCAAAGAUGUCAGCGAGAAGAAUAAGGCCAAGUCGCUGAUUGCUGCUUACAAAGUCGCCGCCGAGGGCCACCCCCUCAAGUACUUCAAGAAACUUUUGGCGGAUCACGAGGUUGCUUUGCAACAAGAAAUUGAAGAACAAGAGGCCGAAGAGGCCGAAGAGGCCAAGGCCAAAGCUAAGGCCGACAAGAAGGGCAAGCGUAAAAGCAAGGCCGCUGAGACUGAUGUGGAGACUGAGGAGGCGGAUGCAAAGAAGUCCAAGCCCUCGAAGAAACGUAAGAAGGAAGUCGAGACUGAUGCUGAGGCCGAUAAGCCUGCCGCCAAAACUCCCAAGGCUAACACAAAGCUUAAGCUCUCAACCCCCAAGCCUCCUGCCGAGGAAAAGAAGACUCCGGCCAGUAAGUCUAAGCGGGUCGCCCCCAAGAAGAAGGCCGCUGCCAGUGAUGAGGAGGCAGUCCCCGAGCCCAAAGCACAAGAAAAGCAAAUUGAUCCGGAAGAAUUACGCAAGCGAAAGGAGAAAGAAGUUCUUUUCCUUCGCCACAAGCUCCAGAAAGGCUUCAUCUCCCGAGAGCUGCCUCCACAGGAAGAGGAAAUGGCCACCAUGGCCACUUACUUCGAUAAGCUCGAAAAGCACGUUGAUCUUGAAGUCUCGAUCAUCCGCCUGACCAAGAUCAACAAGGUUCUGAAGAUGAUUGUCAAGCUCAACUCUAUCCCCCGCGACGAAGAGUUUAACUUCCGCCACCGUGCCAUGAACAUCUUGUCAAGCUGGAAGAGCGCCCUUGACGUGGAUGUUCCCGCGACCUCCGACAAGGAUGUGAAGCCCAACUCGAAUGGUCACAAAGACGAUGAGACCGUGGACACCCCCAAGGUGGAUACUGAAGAGGAUAAGGAGCUCGAGAGUAAAACCGUGGACGAUGAUACCCCAAUGCCGGACGUGGAGGCGGAGUCUGAGGAGAAGAUUGAUGAGAAGACCGAAGAGAAGGUCGAGGACAAGAUCGAGGAAAAGACCGAGGAAAAAACCGAGGAAAAGACCGAGGAGAACACUGGUGAGAACACUGAGGAGAAGACCGUGGAGGCCAGCGCAUAA